UAUCGUGUCAAAAAUUUCUGGAAGGCUGCGGAUUGAUUUUGCGGUUCAUAGCUCUUUCAUCAUCCGCUCCAAAAGGAAAAACAACGUCUAAGCACAUGCUUCGCCUCAGACAAGAGUGGACGGAUUGGGAUUUUGGGAAGCGUCUUUUCGCCUUUGGCUUCUAGCUCUGUCUUCUGUAUGCUUAUUGCUUGUCUUUUAUAUGAAUUUUUUUGUAUAAUUAUCAUCAGUUUCGUAAUUCUUGUUAAAUUCAGUGGCUAAGGAGCGAUUCAUUGCCACAUUCAAUCUGGAGAUUGAUUGAUUGAUUGCCUCAUAAUUAGAAAAUAUCUUCCAUCCAUCGGGAACUCGGAAGAACAAUCUCGAGUUAACUCACUUUCUCUAUCUCUGCUUCUGUUCUUUCUCGCUUGAAGCAAUUAACUAUGUUGAGUUGGGAAUGCCCGCAGUGAUACCAGUGGCACUUCGCUCCUUGGAGGAAUAAUGGGUUCUAUUCGCGCUCCGCAUUGUUCUAUAACUUCUUCGCAUAUUCAUUUGUGUAAUAGGUUCCCAUUCCCACGUACUUUGAAUUGCCACCACCAUCACCAGCUGCAGUGCCGUAAAAACCCUUUUCAUUUCACUAUUUUUUCCGAACCUGGGUGUCUUUCUUCUUUUUGUAAUCAUAGCAGGCAGGUCGUCAGUGGGGCUUCCUCUGCUUCUCAAGGAACUAUCAGGGAAGAUGUAGAGCAAAAGAUGACUGGGGAACUGGGAAGUGGCGGGAAAGUUCUUCUGAAGGUGAGGUUGGCUCACCAAGUUGAAUUUGGGGAGUCUGUGGCAAUUCUAGGGUCAUCUGAGGAAUUGGGCUCUUGGAAGAAUUGUGUUCUUCUGAAUUGGAGUGAGGAUGGAUGGGUUUGCGAUUUAGAGCUUAGAGGGGAUGAGCGAGUCGAGUUCAAGUUAGUCAUUGUGGGAAAGGAUGGGAGUGUGUUGUGGGAAUCUGGAGAUAACCGGGUUCUCCAGCUGCCUAAGACAGGGAAAUUUAGCUCAGUUUAUCAAUGGAAUCAAACUGGUGAGGCUGUUGAAAUGUUGCCUUUGGAUGUUGAAGAGGUUAGUGAAGAAGAUGAAAUAUUGCCUUUGGACGUAGAGGAGGUUAGUGAAGGAGAUAAAAUGUUGGCUUUGGAUGUAGAGGAGGUUAGUGAAGAAGAUGAAAUGUUGGCUUUGGAUGUAGAGGAGGUUAGUGGAGGAGAUAAGAUGUUGGCUUUGAAUGUAAAGGAGGUUAGUGAAGGAGAUAAGAUGUUGCCUUUGGAUGUAGAAGAGGUUAGUGAAGGAGAUAAAAGGUUGGCUUUGGAUGUAGAGGAGGUUAGUGAAGGAGAUAAAAUGUUGGCUUUGGGUGUCGAGGAGGUUAGUGAAGGAGAUAAAAUGUUGCCUUUGGGUGUCGAGGAGGUUAGUGGAGGAGAUAAAAUGUUGCCUUUGGGUGUCGAGGAGGUUAGUGAAGGAGAUAAAAUGUUGGCUUUGGAUGUAGAGGAGGUUAGUGAAGGAGAUAAAAUGUUGGCUUUGGAUGUAGAGGAGGUUAGUGAAGGAGAUAAAAUGUUGGCUUUGGAUGUACAGGAGGUUAGUGAAGGAGAUAAAAUGUUGGCUUUGGAUGUAGAGGAGGUUAGUGAAGGAGAUAAAAUGUUGGCUUUGGAUGUACAGGAGGUUAGUGAAGGAGAUAAAAUGUUGGCUUUGGAUGUAGAGGAGGUUAGUGAAGGAGAUAAAAUGAUGGCUUUGGAUGUAGAGGAGGUUAGUGAAGGAGAUAAAAUGUUGGCUUUGGGUGUCGAGGAGGUUAGUGAAGGAGAUAAAAUGUUGGCUUUGGGUGUCGAGGAGGUUAGUGGAGAUAAAAUGUUGGCUUUGGGUGUCGAGGAGGUUAAUGAAGGAGAUAAAAUGUUGGCUUUGGGUGUCGAGGAGGUUAGUGAAGGAGAUAAAAUGUUGCCUUUGGGUGUCGAGGAGGUUAGUGGAGGAGAUAAAAUGUUGCCUUUGGGAGUAGAGGUGGUUAGUGAAGGGGAUAAAAUGUUGCCUAUUGAUGUAGAGGAGGUUAGUGAAGGAGAUAAAAUGUUGCUUUUGGGUGUAGAGGUGGUUAGUGAAGGGGAUAAAAUGUUGCCUAUUGAUGUAGAGGAGGUUAGUGAAGGAGAUAAAAUGUUGCCUUUGGAUGCAGAGGAGGUUAGUGAAGGAGAUAAAUUGUUGCCCCUGAAAGCGGAAGAGAUUAAUGGGGAUGGAACGUCUCCUUUGGAUGCAAAGGAUUUCACUGAAGGAAAUGAAACGUUGCCUUCAGAUGCAAAGGAGAUCACUGAAGGAGAUACAACCUUGCCUUCGGAUGCACUGUUGAUCGCUGAAGAAGAUACAACCUUGCCUUUGGAUGCAAAGGAGAUUAAUGAAGGUGAAGAAACUUUGUCUUUUGAUUCAAAGGGGACCGAAGAAGGAAAUGAAACGUUGCCACUGGAUGCAAAAGGGGUCAGUAAAGGAGAUGAAAUGUUCCCUUUUGAUGUGAAGGGGAUCAACGAAGGAGAUGAAAAGGACAGGGAUGUUGAAGCUGGCAAUGGGCCUUUGGUAGAAGAUGAGGCCAGUUCUUUGGUUGAGCAGUGGAAAGGGAAUCUGGUACACCCCAACCGGGAAUCUGAGGGGAUUUGGGACACUUCUGGUCUUGAGGGGUUAGCUCUACAGUUGGUAGAAGGAGAUAAAAAUGCCAGGAAUUGGAGGAGAAAGCUUGAAGUUGCACGUGAAUUAUUAGACGAAAAUGUGCACACUGAGGAUUGCCUGGAGUCAUUGAUAUAUUCUGCUAUCUACCUUAAGUGGAUAAAUACAGGUCAAAUCCCUUGUUUUGAAGAUGGGGGUCAUCACAGGCCAAAUAAGCAUGGUGAAACUUCUAGGAUUAUAUUUCGCGAACUAGAACGAUCGUUGUCCAAGAAAGAUAUUUCUCCCCAGGCAUCUCUCAUAGUCCGAAAAAUUCAUCCAUGUUUGCUGUCUUUUAAAUCAGAAUUUACUGCAUCUGUUUCUUUAACACGUAUACGAGAUAUUGCUCAUUGGAACGAUAUCCCUCAUGACCUCAAGCAAGAAAUCAAACAUACAUUACAAAACAAGCUUCAUCGCAAUGCUGGUCCAGAGGACUUAAUUGCUACAGGAGCAAUUCUUACAAGGAUAACCAAAAACCCUGGAGAAUAUAGUGAAGUCUUUAUAGAGCAGUUCAAAAUAUUCUACCAAGAAUUGAAAGAUUUCUUCAAUGCUGGGAGCCUUGCAGAACAACUUGAAUCAAUCAAGGAGUCUGUUGAUGGACAUGGCUUGUCGGCUCUUGCCUACUUCUUGGAGUGCAAAAAGAACUUGGAUGCUGCAGAUGAGUUGGGCAGUUCUUUCCAAAACCAAGGCACUGACCUGUUUUUCAAAACCAUUCAAUCAUUAAAUGCUUUGAGAGAAAUACUCAUAAGAGGUCUUGAAAGUGGCUUGAGAAAUGAUGCUUCUGAUACAGCAAUAGCCAUGCGACAAAAAUGGCGUCUUUGUGAGAUCGGGCUUGAGGACUAUUUGUUUGUUCUUCUUAGCAGAUUCAUAAAUGUGCUGGAGGCAACAAGGGGUGCUGAUAUGCUGGUUGAAAAUGUGAAGUCAAAGAAUGUAAUCUCUUGGAAUGAUCCACUGGAUGUCCUUAUUUUUGGUACUCAUCAGCUGGGUUUAUCUGGUUGGAAGCCAAAAGAGUGUGUGGCUAUCGUAAAUGAGAUUCGUGCUUGGAAGGAGAGAGGUAUCGCUGAAAGGGAAGGAAGUGAAGAUGGCCCAACUAUUUGGGGAUUGAGGCUUAAGGCUACUCUUGAUAGAACAAGGAGGCUGACUGAGGAAUAUUCUGAAGCGCUUCUUCAAAUAUUCCCUGAGAAAGUUAAGAUGCUUGGAAAAGCGUUUGGGAUCCCUGAAAACAGCAUGAGAACAUAUACUGAAGCUGAAAUUCGUGCUAGCGUAAUUUUUCAGGUAUCGAAGCUAUGCACAAUUCUUUUGAAAGCAAUCAGAACCGCACUUGGAUCGCAGGGUUGGGAUGUUCUUGUGCCAGGAUCUGUUGAAGGAACAUUUGUUCAGGUUGAGAGGAUUGUCCCAGGGUCUCUUCCAACAUCCAUAGAAGGGCCUGUUAUUCUUAUGGUUAACAAAGCUGAUGGCGAUGAAGAGAUAACAGCUGCUGGGAGCAACAUAACAGGAGUUGUGCUACUACAGGAACUACCUCAUUUAUCUCAUCUUGGUGUAAGGGCUCGACAAGAAAAAGUUGUAUUUGUUACAUGUGAGGACGACGAAAGAAUUUCUGUUCUGCAGAAACUUCUCGGGAAUUUUGUGAGGAUGGAAGCAUCGGCAACUUCUGUUCAUAUAUAUCCGCCAUCAGAUACAAGCACUGAUAAUUUUCCUGCCAGAACUGCUCCAGAUGAGUAUGUGUUUAGUUUUGAAAAGUCCAGUAUGCAAGACCCCUUAUUACCUGCCUCUGGAACUCCCUACCCGACACAGGUGUCGUAUAAUGGAAUUUCUUCUGGAGUGGUACAGCUUGCUGAUGCAGAUGCUCGAAUUGCAGGAGCAAAAGCUGCAGUUUGUGGUCGUUUGGCUUCUUUGGCUGCCAUCUCUGAUAAAGGUUUUACAAGUCUACAGAUUCCAGCUGCUUUUCGAGUUCCUGCAGGUGCAGUGAUUCCAUUUGGUUCUAUGGAAUUAGCACUCACUCAAACUAAUUCCAUGGAAAAGUUCAAAUCUAUUUUGGAACAAAUCGAAACAGCAAAAGUAGGAGUGGAACUAGAUGAACUUUGCAAACAACUCCAUGACUUGGUGUCUUCUCUGCAAUUGACGCAAGACAUAAUUGAUAGUUUAGGGAAAAUAUUUCCUGAAGAUGCACGCUUAAUCGUCCGUUCGAGUGCGAAUGUCGAGGAUUUGGCUGGCAUGUCAGCUGCUGGACUUUACGAGUCAAUUCCAAAUGUAAGUUUGAGAGAUCCAAUUGUUUUUAGCAACGCUGUUAGCAAAGUAUGGGCGUCGUUGUACACUCGAAGAGCAGUUCUAAGCAGACGAGCUGCUGGAGUACCUCAGAAGGAUGCUUUAAUGGCAGUACUGGUACAAGAAAUGCUUUCUCCUGAAUUAUCAUUUGUUCUGCACACAUACAGCCCAACCAACCAAAAUGGCAAGUAUGUUGAGGCUGAAAUUGCCUGUGGACUUGGCGAAACUCUAGCGUCUGGCACCCGUGGCACGCCCUGGCGACUUUCAUCUGGGAAGUUUGAUGGUUUAGUACAAACACUGGCCUUUGCAAACUUCAGUGAAGAACUAAGAGUUCUUGCUGCUGGUCCUGCUGAUGGUCAAAUGGCACGUUUUACUGUAGAUUACAGCAAAAAGUCAUUGUCUAUCGACCCGAAAUUUCGUGCGCAGCUAGGUCGACGUCUUUGCUCUGUUGGGUAUUUCUUGGAAUGCAAGUUUUCCUGCCCACAGGAUGUCGAAGGCUGCGUCGUCGGGGAUGACAUUUAUAUUGUCCAAGCACGCCCGCAGCUAUUGUAGAACGUUCAAUGUUCUUAACGGUCAAGUUCUUGGAGUCAGAGAGAUGAAAUGGUGAAGUUUGAAAAUAUCAUUCUGUCUUAGGCCUAAAUGCAUAUAGUUAAUCUUAGUACAAAUGAUUUAACUAAAGUUAUUAUUUGGUUCGGGCCAAAGAAAUAAUGUCACUUGAUCAUUAUCAAA